GAAGACCCAAGUAUCUUCUCCUUCGAAUAAAUAUAAGGGACAGAAAUAAUAAUUGCUUGAGGAAAGGGUUGAAUAGUGGUGAAAUAAGAGAGAUGAGUUCCGUGAUGCAUAUGCUGUUGCUCUGCCUCUCGGCUGGCGUAAUAUCGGUGGUCCGGGGUGAAGACCCUUACCUGUACUUCACAUGGAAUGUCACCUACGGAACCAUCUCUCCCCUCGGAGUCCCCCAACAAGGAAUUCUCAUCAAUGGCCAGUUUCCGGGACCCAACAUCAACUCCACCAGCAACAAUAACAUCGUGCUCAACGUCUUCAAUAACCUUGAUGAACCACUCCUUUUCACAUGGAGCGGUGUCCAGCAGAGGAAGAACUCAUGGCAAGAUGGAACCCUUGGAACUAUGUGUCCCAUCCCCCCUGGUCAGAACUACACCUACCGCUUCCAGGUCAAGGACCAGAUUGGGAGCUACUUUUACUAUCCCAUCACUGCCAUGCACAGAGCAUCCGGUGGCUUCGGUGGCCUCCGCAUCAACAGUCGUCUGCUGAUCCCCGUUCCUUAUGCUGAUCCAGAGGAUGACUAUACUGUCCUCAUUGGUGACUGGUACGCAAAAAGCCAUACCGCUCUCAAGAAACACUUGGACAGCGGUCGCUCCAUGGGAAGGCCUGACGGUGUCAUCAUCAACGGCAAAUCAGCGAAGGGAGACGGCAAAGACGAGCCCCUCUUCACCAUGAAGCCAGGCAAGACCUACAAGUACAGGAUCUGCAACGUGGGGCUCAAGAACUCCCUCAACUUCAGGAUCCAAGGCCACCCAAUGAAGCUUGUUGAGAUGGAGGGCUCCCACACCAUGCAGAACACCUACGAGUCGCUUGAUGUGCACUUGGGACAAUGCUUCUCGGUGCUUGUGACUGCCGACAAAGACCCCAUGGACUACUACAUGGUGGCCUCCACCCGAUUCACCAAGAAGGUGUUGACCGGCAAAGGCAUCAUGCGCUACGAAAAUGGUAAUGGCCCAGCGUCCCCCGAGCUCCCCGAGGCUCCUGUAGGAUGGGCCUGGUCUCUCAACCAGUUCCGUUCUUUCCGCUGGAACCUCACUGCCAGUGCUGCCAGGCCUAACCCUCAGGGCUCUUACCACUACGGCAAGAUCAACAUCACCCGCACCAUGAAGAUCGUCAACUCCGCCACCAAGGUCGAUGGCAAGCUCCGCUAUGCUAUCAACGGAGUCUCCCACGUGGACCCCGAAACCCCACUCAAGCUGGCUGAGUACUAUGGAGUUGCCGACAAGGUCUUCAAGUACGACACCAUCCAGGAUGAGCCCCCCGCCACAGUUGAAGACAAGGUCACCUUGGCACCCAACGUUGUCAACCAGACCUUCCGUAACUUCGUGGAGAUCAUCUUUGAGAACCACGAGAAGAGCAUUCAGUCGUGGAAUUUGGAUGGAUACUCCUUCUUUACGGUCGCCAUUGAGCCCGGGAGGUGGACCCCAGAAAAGAGAAACAACUACAACCUUUUGGACGGUGUGAGCAGACAUACCAUCCAGGUGUUCCCCAAAUCCUGGGCUGCCAUCAUGUUGACCUUCGACAAUGCUGGAAUGUGGAAUGUGAGGUCAGAACAAUCCGAGAGGCGCUACCUUGGACAACAGUUCUAUGUGAGUGUUCUCUCUCCAGCACGCUCCCUCAGGGACGAGUACAACCUGCCAGACAACACCCUCGUCUGCGGCGUUGUCAAGGAUUUGCCUAAGCCCCCUCCAUACAGCGCCGGCGCCUAAACUCUGAUCUCAUAAUCUACGUACUAUGUAUAAAUAGGAGUUCGUACUAGUGUACUGUACAACAAAGAGGAAUGGUCUGGCUGAUGAUCAUGCAUGUGUAUCAACCCUUUCCAAAAUGCAAUAAAUUUUCAAUUCUAAUAUAUUUA